AGCAGCAGCCCUGGGUCCCGCGGCGCCUCUCGCCCCGCCGCCUCCCACACUGCCUGACCCGGCCGGCGAGCUCGCCCGCCAGCGCCCUCACUCGUCCUCCGACUCGCCCUCGGCCUUGCGCGCCAGCCGCAGCCCGAGCCGCAACGCCACCCGCAGUCUGAGUCCGGGCCGUCGGCUCAGCCCCAGCUCGCUCCGCCGCCGCUGCUGCUCGUCCCGGCACCGGCGCCGCACCGACACCCUGGAGGUGGGGAUGCUCCUGUCCAAGAUCAACUCCCUGGCCCACCUGCGCGCCGCGCCCUGCAACGACCUGCACGCCACCAAGCUGGCGCCGGGCAAAGAGAAGGAGCCCCUGGAGUCGCAGUACCAGGUGGGCCCGCUAUUGGGCAGCGGUGGCUUCGGCUCGGUCUACUCGGGCAUCCGCGUCGCCGACAACUUGCCGGUGGCCAUCAAGCACGUGGAGAAGGACCGGAUUUCCGAUUGGGGAGAACUGCCCAAUGGCACCCGAGUGCCCAUGGAAGUGGUCCUACUGAAGAAGGUGAGCUCCGGCUUCUCGGGCGUCAUUAGACUUCUGGACUGGUUCGAGAGGCCGGAUAGUUUCGUCCUGAUCCUCGAGAGGCCCGAACCGGUGCAAGACCUCUUCGACUUUAUCACCGAGCGAGGAGCCCUACAGGAGGAGCUGGCUCGCAGCUUCUUCUGGCAGGUGCUGGAGGCCGUGCGACAUUGCCACAACUGCGGGGUGCUCCACCGCGACAUCAAGGACGAGAACAUCUUAAUCGACCUGAACCGGGGCGAACUCAAACUCAUCGACUUCGGGUCGGGGGCGCUGCUCAAGGACACAGUCUACACCGACUUUGAUGGGACCCGAGUGUACAGUCCUCCAGAGUGGAUUCGUUACCAUAGAUACCAUGGCCGAUCGGCGGCUGUCUGGUCCCUGGGGAUCCUGCUCUAUGACAUGGUCUGCGGAGAUAUUCCGUUUGAGCAUGACGAGGAGAUUGUCAAGGGCCAAGUGUUCUUCAGGCAAAGGGUCUCUUCAGAAUGUCAGCAUCUUAUUAGAUGGUGCCUGGCCCUGAGACCAUCAGAUCGGCCCUCCUUUGAAGAAAUCCAGAACCAUCCAUGGAUGCAGGAUGCCCUCCUACCCCAGGCAACUGCCGAGAUUCAUCUGCACAGCCUGUCACCGACACCCAGCAAGUAGCACCCUUUCUGCUGUCACACCCUCCAGGAUGGGAGAGCUUGUCUUCUGGCCUCCUGAUGGGACCCUGCCUGCUUCACGGUGCAGGAACAGUAAUGACAACUCAUUCCAGACUCCAGGUCUCUGGGACAACCUCCCACAAGGAAAAGAGACUACUUCACUGGUCCUGGGCCCCUCUGGGCCCUCCAUAGACUCGGCGUCUAGUGUUGCUGGGCUCCGAAGAAUCCCAGGGUUGGGGUGGGAGUGGGUCAGAGCCCUGUCAUGGAACUUUAGUCACCAUGGAGACUGUGGGUCACCAAGAUGGGCCAGGGUAGGGGAAAAAACAUUGGGGGUGGGAUAAAAACUAGCACCAUAUUUAAGUCCCUGUCACCUCUUCCAACUCCUCUGAGUGCCUUCUGUGGGGCUCCGCCUGUGCUGGGAGAAGAAAUACUUGAACUUUACCUCUUACCUGCUGCUUCUCAACUUCUGCCUGGGUUUGCUUCUCUCCUCUCCUCUCCUUUCCCAUCCCCCACUUCCUAUGAAAGGUGCCAUGGGAGAGGCUGCAGGGCCAACUGCUGAGCCACCUGCCCUUUUUCUGCCUCCUUUAGUAAAAUUCCCAAGUGAACUGGUCUUCCUUUUUGGUUUCCACUUAACCGUUUCAAAGCCAAGACCUCAACACAGAACGCAACGCACAACCAAUGCAAAAACCAGACAAGCUGUAAAUGUGUGUAUAGUUCGGCAUGGCAGCCUGCAAAAGGAUUGUAGAUGAUAACAAUUUUAAAGAAAAAAAAAUGCCUUUAAGUUAUUUUAUGUGUUGGGGGGGGUGGGGUUGGUUUGGGUUUUUUUUUUUUGUUUUGUUUUUUGUUUUUGUUUUUGAAAGACGGCACAUUCUAGCCCGGAAGUCCAUGUUUUAAUGUAUUUAUUUAUUUAUUUAUUUGGUUACCUUCCUGUUCCAGGCUUCCACUGACUGUUGCCCUGAGGGUUUUAUUGUCAUGUUCUGUCUCUCUUUCUCUUUUUUUUUUUCUCCUCCUGACUUGGGGACCUUUUUUGGGAGGGUGGGCUGCGGCGUUUGCUGGGGUGUAGGGGCUCUGGUGGGACAGCUGCUGUGGCCCCCUUCUGCGGCCCCCCCCCUUGCCUGCUCGCUGAAGUGCGUGUAGGGUCUGCUGACUGUGUACAUAGACGGAAAGGCAGUUCCGGUGUGGUGCGGGUGCCUUUCGGAUCCUCUCUGGGGCCGCCCUUGCAGCAGCCUGCGGCCCACUGGUUUGAUCUGAGUGAAAUAUACUGUACAGGGGAAUAAAAGAGAUCUUAUUUUUUUUUUUAUACUUGGCAUUUUUUGAAUAAAAAACCUUUUGUCUUAA